AUGUCUCCCGCAAGGCUCAUUUCGAAUGGGCUUUCAACAUGUCUCAACGGAGCAAUGGGUCCAUGUAAAGCUGAAGCUGCCUUCACAGGGAAGCAGAUGCUUCUAACGUCAUGGGAAGGACAUGAGAUGAUAGAUACCCCUGAGCAAUUCGUCGUAGAAUUGUCUAUCCGCGAGGUUCGGGAGAUUGAAGCCGCCGCCCGAGAGUUUGCAGCAUCUGGAAGGCCUGUGGCCGAAGUCUCGCCCGCUGUAUUCCCACUUCCGGAGGUGGGACCAAAGCUUUUCCGCUUGCAGAAGGAACUGUAUGAAGGCAAAGGAUUUUUCGUGUUGAGGGGUCUCGAGCCUUCCAGAUAUGAGGGCGAACGUAAUAUCCUGAUAUUCGCUGGGAUUGCCAGUUACGUUGGAGAUCGACGCGGGCUUCAAUACAAGGGCGGACCGGCCUUGACUCAUGUCAUUGACUUAUCUUCGAACCAGCCCAUGGCUGUCGAUCAGGUUGUACCACAAGCCAACAGGAAUGUAGCAUUGCCGUUCCACAGCGACAACUGCCAUAUCUUAGCACUCUACAGCCUGCACUCCGCGUGUAAAGGCGGGAGGUCGAAGCUGGCGUCUGUACGACCAGUAUACGAUAUACUGGCAGCGAGGCAUCCCAAAGUUUUGGAGCUCUUGAAGAAGGACUGGGAGUGGGAUUCCUGCGACACAGACUGCGAACCUUUUCGGCGACCGUUGCUCUUUGAGGCAGACGGAAAUAUCAUCCUGAACUAUGCUCGACGAUAUUUUCUAGGGUCCCCCGGCUACCCACGAAACCCAAGCGUAGCGGCUAUAUCAGAUGAGCAGCUUCUGGCACUCAAUGUGUUGGAUCGAGUCGCGUCCGAGGUGGCGCUGACUUUUCGCUUUGAGACUGGCGACGUACAGUUUCUGAACAACCUCGGCAUACUUCAUGCGAGAGAAUCGUUCGUCAAUUCCGACUUGACCGGCUGUCGCAGGCAUUUGUUGCGCAUGUAUUUGCACGAUAGUGUCAACGGUUGGAGCGUACCACCUGAAUUACGUGGAAUGAUGAAGGAUCUAUACGAUCAUGACCAGAAGGCUCAGAAGCUUCCAUGGACGUUGUCUGCUCUACCAUACGUUGCAAGUCCAUAG